AUGUCCGGUCCUGAUCCCACUGAAACGAAUGUGCCAACAUCCCGGCCAUUUACCAAAGCAGAACAUAUCAAGCGAUUAAAUGAUAUUGACAACAGUAUCGCACAACUUCUUGAAUCCGCAGGACUGGCACUCCAGACCUUGUCCUCCUCCCAAGCCUCACUGCCAAUCCCAGAGCGCAAAGCUGCUUUCGAAACCUCAUCGACUACGUACAUCAAGACACUACAAGACAUACAUGUCGGAUUGACGCGCUCAAUAUAUGGUCUAGAAGAGGCAGGUAUUAUACCGGCAGAAAAGGCAAAGGCUAAAGCCGUUCCGCCGAAGAACUUUGGCGACAAGCAAGGUGUUCCGGAAGGAAAGAAUUUUAAAACGGCGACCGAAGCUCAGCACAUCGAAGGUGGAAUGGGGAAGCUGGAUAUUGGCUGGUUAAAUAGUCGGAGUGGGCGUGUGGAUAGGGAUAUGGAAGCUGAGCUGUGGGAGAAGGCAAGACAUUUCUUACAAGAAACACAAUCUGGUACAAGUAACGGCGUAGAUGAUGAUAAAGGGGACGAAGAUGUCGCGAUGGGGGACUGA